CGGGUUUGGGGAGUGCCCCGCUGGCUGCCUCACCCAAACAGACCAAGCAGAGAAAAGGCGGAGAGUGUUUGGCACCGGACGGGCGCAGCAGAUGUUAGAAGGAAAUGGUUUGCAGCUCGUGGUCUUUCGUCCCAUACAGGAAGACAGCUGAGGCGGGCAGGAGGGCUGACGAUGGCGGCUUCGGUGAUUCGGAUGAUGGUGGUCGGUAAAGUUGGAGCGAGACUUUGGGGAAGUCUUCAGCCUCAGCACUGCGGCUUCAGAUACACUCGUUCCCUUACAUUUCUUCAGCAGGUUAAUCUGAGGCAUUCACGGCUCAGAAAUUGCCAAGCUUGUUUCUACAGCACAUCAGCCCCAUCUGGUGACGUCUCGUUGAAGUACAAAAAUGGCCGCCUGGUUCUCGAGGUGCCGCUGCCCUCCAGGAACGAGAAGUGCCUGUUCUUUCUCAGACCCAUGAUGAUGACUGUGGGAGACCUGAUCGCUGAGCUGAAGAGGGAGGACAGUGGAGCUGAUGCAUCUGUUUUUUCUAAAGAUGGAGACCGCGUUGCCGGCAGCACACUCAUCGACAGCCUGCUGGGCAAGGACUUCCAGCUCGUCAUUAACAACGCCGUUUAUGACGUCCGAGCUCCUGAAAAGACCGUGUGUCCGUCCAGCGAGCAUGCCAAAGAGCUGGAUGAUAUGAAACACGUGGUGCACCUGCUGCACACGGCGCUCCACCAGCCUGAGCACCAUCUGCUGAAGGAGAGGCAGCUGCUGGAGAAACUGGACGACCUCAAACAGGAGCUGUCGCCUCUCGAAAAGGCGAAGGCGCAGCUGUCCCGAACAGCUGAGUUUCACACCUCCAGGGUUCUGUGGACCGGCGUGGCCCUGCUGUCGGUGCAGGGUGGCGCCCUGGCCUGGCUCACCUGGUGGGUGUAUUCGUGGGACGUCAUGGAGCCCGUCACCUACUUCAUCACGUACGCUACCAGCAUGGGAGCCUUCGCCUAUUAUGUCCUCACCAAACAGGAUUACGUGUACCCAGAUGCCCAAGACAGACAGUUUCUGCGUUACUUUUAUAAAGCGGCCAGAAAGAAGAGUUUCAAUGUGGAAGAAUACAAUAAACUGAAGGAUGAACUGACACAGGUGGAGGAGGAUUUGAGACGUCUAAGGAAUCCAAAUCAUCUUCAGCUACCAAUGGAACAAAUUCAACCAAAGCCAUAGACGAUGCCAAACUAAGAACAUAACUCACUUUAACUAAAAUCGCUGCAAAAAUAUCUGUUUUAUUUUGAUAAGGCCACCUUUUUACCUUGGUAUCCAUAUUUUCUUGGGUCAUUACAUUCUUGAUAAUGCCAUAUUGUAUCCUUCAAUAAUACAGACACUGAUAAACUUUGCAUUUCCUGAA